AUGGCGACUCUAUCAAAAUUCCUGUUUCGCUCGUUGUUGGCUUCUGUCACAGCGCAGGAUUACAGGCCUCUUACCGACCCUUGCAGUUCUGAAUACCUCAACUAUGACCUGAGCAUAAAGGAUGGAAAAGUCCUGCAGAUCAACGCCACAUGGGUUACGGAAGCUGUCGUGCCUGGCGUUACGGGCUCUAUUGACUACUGUAAUGUCAUCGUCACCUACACGCACCCCAAAUACAAUGACACGAUUCACACUCAAGUGUUGCUGCCCUCCGCGAGCCACUGGAAUGGUAGAUUCCAGGGAGUUGGUGGCGGUGGAUGGGCGGCGAAUAGCGGUGUUGGCUCGCUCAUGACGCCGCUGGGCCAAAACUACUCUGCUGGGAUGACAGAUGCAGGCCACAACCCCAAACUUCCCGACUCCAGCUCCUGGUGGCUGGAUUCUAAUGGUCGAAUCAACAUUGGCCUUUUUACCGACUUCGCCUCCGUUGCGUUAGGCGACCUCGCCGACAUUGGCAAACAGCUCUCCAGUAGAUAUUACGGCUAUGGACCUUUCUACUCCUACUGGAGUGGCUGUUCUACUGGCGGCCGUCAGGGCUGGAUGAUGGCCCAGCGGUAUCCGGAAGCUUACGAUGGCAUAUAUGCUGGGGCGCCCGCAGCACAA